GUUCUUUCCAUUCGUCUCCUUUAUUUUGUAUAUAUAAUUACCUAUCAUAUAAUCAGCAAUGUUUUCUUCUGUGCGACGCAUCUUCCGUUCCAAAUCUCAAUUAGAUAAAACUGGCGAUACUAAGGAGAAACCAACUCCUGAGCCGUCACCAAAGCCAGUAACUCAGGCCCGGACAACUUUCUUUUACUCUGGUAUACAGACAUUUCAUAGCACCGAAAGUGAUAAUAUUGACAUCGUCUUCAUCCAUGGAUUAAAAGGAGACUGUCAAAAAACGUGGACGGAUAAGACUUCGGGGAGUCCUUGGCCGAAGACACUUCUUCCCUUGGAAGUUAAGACUGCACGUGUUCUCACUUAUUCUUAUGAUUCGACUGUUACCGGUAAAGAAGAUGCUCCGUCCCAGAAUCGAAUCUCCAAUCAUGCAUAUAAUCUCGUGACUGCUCUCGCAUCACUUCGACAGAGCGAUAACACAAAUGAACGACCUAUCAUAUUUAUCUGCCACAGUCUAGGCGGACUUGUUUGUCAGGAUGUAAGUCGCCGACUUACUCUGUGGGAGCAAGAAAACAUCGGAGCUUGGCAUGGACUUAGCAGAGGUAUCCUAAAAUUGCCUGUGCUAAGUUAGCCUAAGUCUUUCUAUGAGUUAGGAUCGAGGUCCCGAGCUUUCUCUCCUCCCAUAACUUCAAUGAUCCUGACUGGAGAGCUUAUUGAGGAAACAGGCACUUGUCACAGCGAAACAACGCUCUGAACAGCACCUUCAAGAUAUAGUCAACUUCACUCGUGGCGUCAUCUUUCUCGGCACACCACAUCAUGGAUCAAGCCUCGCCAAGAUCGGAGAAUUGGUCUCGCGCUCCGUUGGAUUGAUCAAAGAAACCAACAGCGAUAUUGUCCAAGUCCUCACAAGGGACUCGGAAGUCCUAGCACGAAUCCAGGAUAGCUUUCAGGCUCUUCUUAUGACACGAAGAAAAGAUGAGGCCACCAUGAUAGAAAUUACAUGUUUCUAUGAAGAGCUUCCGACCAAGAAGUUCGGAGUGAUCGUACCCAAACAUUCUGCCAUCCUGCCUGGCCACAUCUCGAUCGGGAUACACAAGAACCAUGCAGAGAUGACCAAAUUUUCCAAUUCUGAAGAGCCUGGAUUUGUGGCCAUAUGUGGAGAGCUAAAGCGCUGGAUGAAGAGGAUUCAGCAAACACAGUCCACGCCAAAGAAGCACACUCCUGCCACAUACUGCCUCGUUCCAUACACUUUCAACCCAGGUUUUGUCGGAAGAUCUGAGAUACUUGACCUGUUGAAAACUCAACUGGGAGAUCUAGAACCCCAGUCACAUGCCAGGGGCCAUCGAAGGGCUGCACUCUAUGGUCUUGGUGGAGUCGGAAAGACACAAAUCGCCUUAUCUUAUGCAUACUGGACUCAGGAAGUUUCUCAGGAUACUUCGGUAUUUUGGAUCCAUGCUAGUAGUGUUGAAAAAUUCUCUGAAGGCUAUGCCAGCAUUGCCAACGAGUGCAGAAUCUUUGGACACGAAGACGCAACAUUCAAUGCUUUGUCCACAGUUAGAGACUGGCUGGAAAGCAAGGAAAGUGGAAAGUGGCUGUUGGUCAUUGACAACGCUGAUGAUAUGCAACUUUUCUUUCCUCACAACGAACCAUCCAAAUUGAAGGCCAAUACUGAGAGUGGCAUGGCCCAGUUUAUACCACAAUGUCCUCAUGGCAAUGUCCUUAUUACAACAAGGAACAUGCAGGUGGGCUCACGACUCACAAAGGGCAAAUUUCCCAUAGAAGUUGGCAAGAUGGAUGAAAAUGAGGCGACUCAGCUUCUUCGCCAAGGUUUGCAGGAAGGCGAUGAAUCUGAAAAGACCCUGGUCGAGCUCUCAUCCCGCCUAGAGUUUCUUCCUCUUGCAUUGGUACAAGCAGCUGCCUUUAUCCAGGAGAACUCCAUUACAGUCGGUGAAUAUCUCGAGCUUUUAGACGGAAGCCAAAACGAUCUUGUUGAACUUCUGGACGAAGAGUUCGAGACCGUCGGAAGAGGCUCUGAUACCCCUCGCGCAGUCGCCCAGACGUGGAUGCUGUCCUUCCAACAGAUCGAGAGACAGUAUCUCUUCGCCAGUGAGCUGUUAUCACUGAUGUGUUUCUUCGAUCGACAAAAAAUACCACUCGAUUUCGUUGACUUUUACGCCAGAGAAACUCUACCCACAGAGUCAAACACCAAAUUGCAACUUGUCAAGGCACUUGGGGUUCUAAAGGCAUUCUGCUUCAUUCGGGCAGAGAAAGGUGGCGAUCAUACUAUGCAUCGUCUGGUCCAAUUAGUCACGCGAACUUGGUUGGCCCGAAAAGGAAGAAUUACUGAGUUUACAAGACACGCUUUCUCGGCAGUGUCGGACUUUUACCCCUAUGCAGAAUUCGACGAUGCUGAAUGGUGGAAGGAAGAUAUGGCAACUUGCACAGCGUAUCUUUCCCACGCAAGGUCUGUCCUUGAGGCUCAGAUAAUCGAAACAGAGGAAGACAGGCUUAUAAGGGCUUCUGUUCUCCACAGGGUAGGAUCAUUCUUCCGCUUUCAAGGCCGAUACCGCGAAUCAGAAAGCCUGCAACGCGAAGGUCUCAGCAUUCGAAGAGAACUACUCGGCGAGGAGCAUUUACAAACACGGGUCACAAUCUCCGACCUUGCAGGCUCCCUAGCCGAUUUAGGCCGAUUCGAGGAAUCUGACAAAUUACUGAAGGGCCUUAUCGAGACCUUGAGACGUCUUUAUGGUGAUGACCAUGAGGAAACACUCAAUGCCAUGGGUAAUUUGGCCGUGCACUUGGCUCAUCAGGGUAAAGAAGAAGAAUCACAUGCCCUACUGAUCCAGGUUGUUGAGUCAAAGAAGCGAAUACUUGGAGAAGAACAUAUUAGUACUAUUGAAGCGAUGGACAAUUUGGCAGUCGGUCUUGAAGAGGAGGAGGGAGCAGAAAUGCAAAGACGAGUCAUAGAAGUAAAGAUUAAAGUCUAUGGUGAAGAGAACCCCUCGACCCUCCACAGCAAGGCGAACCUGGCUACGAUACUCUUCCACAUGGGUGGUACUAAUCUCUCAGAGGCAGAAGACUUGCAGCUAGAAGUCUACGAGACCAGAAAAAGGGUACUUGGUAAGGAGAAUCCGGAUACUCUUAGGAUUAUGAACGAUCUUGGACGCUCUUGGGUAUUGAUUGGCCAAAGCACCAUGUAUACCAGACACUUGUAUCCGGACGUGGACAUACUCGGCGACGCAAAGAGCUUACUGGAGGAAUGUGUUGGACAUCGGGAAAAGCUGUUUGGAGCAGAUCAUGUUGAUACAGUUGAGACCCGUCAGGUGUUGGACGAGUGUCUAGAAGCGAUCGAGGCCGCGGAAGCGUUUGAAGCGGAAGCAAAGGCAAAGGCAGAGGCCGAGGCGAGGGGUGAAACUGAGGGACAACUCGUGAUGGGCCUCGGGGAGCAAGAAAACAUCAGAGACUAUGAUAUAGGGGUAUCAAAAUAACCUUAACAAAAGAUAUCCUAAAUCUAUCCUAAGCUAACACUCAACAUAUUCCAAGUUACCUGAG